UUACUACAAAAAGUAUUUUUUUUGCGACGGAACUAUAAAUAUGCAUAUUAAGGGUUUUGUUCCAAGGCAUGUAAUAAUGGCAUCAACCAAAAGAUUAACUUUGAGAGUUGCAAGGAAAACACCCGAGUUGCUUUGUCCAGCAGUGUCCACACCCAAUGAAUUCAAAUCUCUCUCUGAUAUAGAUGACCAGAGGUUCCUCCGAAGGUAUGUUGGAGCAAUAAAUUUCUACAAAAAGAAUCCAUCCAUGGAAGGGAAAGAUCCGGUGAAGAUUAUUCGUGAGGCUAUUGCCAAAGCCUUGGUCUUUUACUACCCGUUGGCUGGGCGGUUGAGGGAACACACUGGUCGGAAGCUCGUCGUUGAAUGCACCGGCCAAGGGGUAGUGUUCGCCGAGGCUGACGCGGAUGCAACGCUGCAGCAUUUCGGAGAGAAUGCCCUUUAUCCACCCUUCCCCAACUUGGAUGGCAUUUCUCUUCAUAUGCCAAAUGACCUUGGAAUAUUUCUUGAUAUUCCACUUAUGUUCAUUCAGGUCACACGGCUAAAAUGUGGGGGAUUUAUCUUUUCAAACUACUUCAAUCACACAGUGUGUGACGGUGUCGGCCUUUCCCAAUUUCUCUCCGCCGUGGGUGAACUUGCUGGCGGAGCCGCGUUCCCUUCUAUCCAACCAGUUUGGGACCGACAUCUUCUCAGCGCCAGCCAGCCGCCGCGCGUGUCGUUCGCACAUCAUGAAUAUGAUGUCAGUACAAGUGGUGGAACCCUUGUCUCGCUUGAUACGAUGGAGGAACGCUCCUUUUUCAGCUCUGCCAAAAUCUCUGCCCUCCGUUGCAGCCUGCCACCGCAUCUCCAACGCUGCUCCAAAUUCGACAUCGUGGCAGGCUGCGUAUGGCGCUGCCAGACAAUUGCUCUCUCUCCCGAACCCGACGAAGAGAUAAGAUUCUCAGUGUUUAUUGAUAACCGAAAGCUAAUGAAACCACAACUUCCAAUGGGGUACUAUGGCAACGCUAUAGCAUUUCCGGUGGUAGUGACUACAGCCGGUGAGUUGUCCAAGAAUCCGCUGCACUACGCGGUGGAGUUGGUGAGAAAGGCAAAACGCGAAGUAGUGACUGAUGAGUACCUGAGAUCAGUGGCGGGUCUAAUGGUGAUGCGAGAUCGCCCUAGUAUGACGGAAGCAAACACUUAUGUGGUGUCUAAUAUGACGCAUGUGGGUUUCGAGCAAAUGGAUGUCGGGUGGGGCACUGCAGAAUACGGUGGGAUGUCUCAAGGAAUUUAUAGGCCGACCGAUAAUAUUCAAAUAGCUUGGUACUCUGCCUUUAAGGAUGGUUUCAUGGUUCCGGUUAGCCUACCUCUCGAAUCCAUGAAAGUCUUCGAGAAACAUCUUCAGGUCAUGAUGACUACCGCUCCAACAUCUUCAUCCCUGUGAUACGGAGCCAGUUAAGUUAUUUUAUCUAAUAUUUUGUGAUUUAAUUAUGCUUAUUUUAAGGUUUUCUUUGUUGGUUAUUUUCUAGAUCGCAAAGUUGAACUGGGUAAAAAUAAACUCUAUAUAUAUGUUAAUGUACUCUUUAUUUAUUAUUUUGGAGUUAGCGAGAUAAUAGAAUAAAGUCAUAAAUCUCUAUGACUCUAUCCCUUUUCUCACUUCUUCUCCACUUUUCUGGUUAGGAAUUGGUAUUUCAAAACCGUAUGGAACAAACUACAUGUAUAUAUUGAGGCUGAUUUCUUUUUAUUCUACA